CAUUCUCUGUUGAGGUCGUUCAGGAUGGCGUUGCCUAUGCUCGUUGGUGGCUCUGAAUGCGGGCCCUCGAACGCACUCAAGGAUCUCUCAAGGCGGUUUGAACAAGAUCGAGGAGUUCAGCAGGAUUUCUUUAACCAAGCUCGAGCUGGGUCUUCCCGCGAGGCCUUCAGAUCUCAACCUGCUGGCGGUUCAGCAACAGCUGAUCAAGACGCUGCCCGUUUCUUCUCUGCUGCUAACGGACCUGGCGGUGCCCUCGGCCAACUCGCCCCAGAUGGUCAUUUCGAUGUGUCUGCUCUUCGACAGGCGUUACCGAUGCACGCCCAUGGGCCCCCAGCGCUUCAACAGCAGGCUGAGCUACCGGGAGCGGCUGCAACGGCGGAUUGGGGGAUGGACUUUAUGCAGCAGGCGAUGGGAGGGACUCCUAUGACCCAGACAUAUCAGCCUGCUCAAACUUCUCAAGCCCAUGCUGCGCAUGUGCAUGCCCCGUCGAUUAAUAUCCAGCAAGGCCCAACUUGGAAUCCGGGGAUGUCAGCGUUUAGAAUGAACACGAUGCAGAUGCAGCCUGGCUUUAUGCCGCAGAUGCAAAUGCAACCGCAGGCAACGGCGGCGACAACCAGUAAACGGAUUUCGUGGGACAAGGAGUUCAGUGCCCUGGAACUCAACGUCGGACCGACGUCUGAACACGUCCCUGAAGUCGUCCAAGAACAACCCCAGCAAGAACAAUCCGCACCCGCUCAGAAACAGUUCGACGGAGACGAAUUGGCGCGCACGGCUGGUAUGCUCCUCGAUCAUGUCCAACAUGAGACGAACCCAAAGUUCAAGAAAAGUCAAUUCUUGGAGCUGAUGAAACAGCUUCGGGACGGGGAGGUCAUCGUGGAAGGAAACCAAAUGGUUGAGAGCGACGGGACGAGGACGUCGGCGUCUGCGAAUGUUGACGUCAAGGGCAAAGGGAGAGCCGUGGACCCGGUCCUUGGACCUCUCAAUACCUCGGCGCCUCGAGCGUUUGGUCUUGACGGAGGGAGCAUGGCUAUGCACCAACAGGUGAAUGAACCGCAGACUGUCCAUCAGGACGAAGGUGAUGUCCGGGAGGAGGAUCCUAACGAUGCGUAUUUCCGUCAGGAGAAUGCCGACUAUGCCAAGUACUGGAACGACCAGCAGAGUGCUCGGUGGGGAGCCAAAGAUACACCUGAAACGGCAAUGUGGGAUCGCCUUCAGGAAGACUGGGACAAAUUUGAAGCCACGACGACGGGUGUUAAGCCUGUUUCGACAUACCAAUUCCAGGAGCAGAACCCAUAUCUCCUUGGAGAAUCGUCCAAGUCGAGACAUCAUUUGUUGCAUGGAGGUGGACGACAGGCUUUCCUCGAGAGUGUUUUGGAGCUCGAAGCGGCUGUCCAGAGAGACAUGAACAACGCCUCCAUUUGGUACGAGCUCGGUGUCAAACAACAAGAAAACGAGCGCGAGCACAAGGCGCUGCAAGCGUUGGAACGCGCUGUGGAGCUUGACCCUACCCACCUACCAUCCUGGCUUGCGUUGGGCAUUUCGUACACCAAUGAUAGCAACCGUACUGGGACGUACGAAGCUAUUUCGAAAUGGGUGGAAAUGAACACCAAGUAUGCCGAUGCAGUCGCAAGGUUCAACGCGGAGAACCCUCCGAGGGCGGAUAUGAGGUUGCGAGACCAAUUUACGAGGCUCAUUGAUUGUUUGAUUGCGAUGGCGAGGAGCGACUUGGGUUCGGAAGUCGAUGCGGAUAUCCAGAUUGCGCUCGCUGUGCUGCUCAAUACCAAUGAGGAAUAUGAGAAGGCCCAAGAUUGUUUCCGAACCGCACUUGCAGUUCGUCCAGAAGACUGGCUGUUGUACAACCGUGUCGGCGCCACUAUGGCCAACAGCGGCAAACCCGAGGAAGCGUUGCAAUACUAUUACAAGGCGCUUGAGCUCAACCCAACUUACAUCCGCGCUCGAUUCAACCUCGGAAUUGCCUGCAUCAAUCUCAGGCGAUACGAAGAAGCCGCGCAGCAUGUUCUUGAUGCGUUGCUGUUACAGGAGAGUGAUGCCACGAUGGACUCUGCCGGUGACAAGCAAGACGUCAUUUCGAACGCUUUGUGGGACAGCUUGAAGACCAGCUGCUUGCAUAUGCAACGAGCAGACCUGGCGACAUUGUGCGAUUUGAGGGAUCUCGACGGAUUCCGAAAGCGCUUCUACGGGUAA